GCUUGUCCAGGAGGGUGACAUCCUGUGUGUUCCAACAUUUGGAUGUGCUGAAUUUUUAGAAGUAAAUGCAGACAAGUUCCUAAGGUGGCCAGAGCUUUACUUCAAAGUGAGGAAGACUUUAGGCGUGGUGGAAGGCGAGCAGUCUGAGGGUUACCUGGUGGACACCCAGAACACCUCUCUCUACCUGGUGGGUUCAACAAACAGCGCUGUCCCCUCUGCCCCAGCCUAUAACAGCCAUGAGUUCUGGAGCAGUUUGUCUCCUGCUGGACUUUCUGAUGUCGUGAAGCAGCUCUGUGAUGCUCUUGGGCCUCACCUGACCAGUCGGGCAAGUACACUGAGCGGGGCCGGCAGCGUUCUCCUCUCAGGACCAAGUGGCAGUGGGAAACUGGUGGCUGUCAAAGCUGUGUGUAGCUGCCUCAACCUUCACCUCUUCAAGGUCGAUUGUGUUAGUUUGUGCAGUGACACCAGUGGAGCCACAGAGGAGAAGGUACAGGUGGCCUUUGCCCAGGCCCAGCAGUAUCAUCCGUGUGUGCUUCUGCUGAAAGAUAUCGAGGUGCUUGGCAGAGACCGCGACAGGCUAGGAGAGGACCCCAGGGUCAUCGCUACUCUGAGACAGCUGCUGCUGGAUAGAGACCCAGCGCUGAGCCACCCUGUCCUGGUGAUCGGCACAACCUGCAGGCCCCAGGAUGUUCCUACAGACGUGCAGACUGCUUUCCUUCAUGAGGUGAAAAUCGAAGCCCCUUCAGAAGAGCAGAGGAGGUUGAUGCUGAGUGUGCUGACUGCCAGUCUGCCUCUGGGCAGAGAAGUGAGCCUGUCCAAGCUGGCCCGCAGGACUGCAGGUUUUGUGCUGGGAGAUUUCUGUGCCUUGUUGUCCCACAGCAGCCGGGCUGCUUGUACCCGCAUCCAGGCCUUGAGUUUUCCAGGCGGACUGAGUGAGGAAGUGGAGAGGGAUUUUUGCACCGCUGGGUUCCCAGUGCUUGAGGAGGAUUUUAAUGCUGCACUGGACCAGCUGCACGAGGCCCAUUCGCAGGCAGUGGGGGCCCCGAAGAUCCCCUCUGUGUCCUGGCAGGAUGUUGGUGGGCUCCAGGAGGUGAAGAAGGAGAUCCUGGACACUAUCCAGUUGCCCCUGGAGCACCCGGAGCUACUGUCACUGGGUCUGUGCCGCUCUGGUCUGCUGCUGUACGGGCCUCCAGGGACAGGGAAGACCUUGCUGGCAAAAGCUGUGGCAACCACGUGUGCCAUGACAUUCCUUAGCGUGAAAGGGCCAGAGCUCAUCAACAUGUACGUUGGGCAAAGCGAGGAGAACGUGCGUAACGUGUUUGCCAGAGCCAGGGCAGCUGCUCCCUGCAUUAUUUUCUUCGAUGAACUGGAUUCCCUGGCCCCCAGUCGUGGGCGGAGUGGAGAUUCAGGGGGUGUCAUGGACAGAGUUGUCUCACAGCUCCUGGCUGAGCUUGAUGGCCUUCAUUCCACCAGAGAGGUGUUUGUCAUUGGAGCUACAAAUAGGCCUGACCUCCUGGACCCAGCUCUGCUCCGGCCAGGCAGGUUUGACAAGCUGGUCUAUGUGGGCAUAAACGAAGACCGGGAGUCGCAGCUGCAGGUGCUGAGCGCCGUCACCAGGAAAUUUAAAUUGGAUCCUUCUGUGAAUCUCACCACCAUCCUAGAAAAAUGCCCGUCUCAGCUGACAGGAGCCGACAUCUACGCCCUGUGCUCGGACGCCAUGAUGUGCGCUGUCAAACGCAAGGUGGAAUGGAUCGAGGAAGGGCUGGAUACCGAGAGCUCUGCUCUGAUCCUGACCAUGGAAGACUUCCUGCAGGCUGCUGCGAGGUUGCAGCCGUCGGUCUCUGAGCAGGAGCUGCUCAGGUACAGACUCAUCCAGCAGAAGUUUGCUGCCUGUUAAUGCUCAGCAGAGCUGGGACUGGAGGAGGGAUGGGGAUGGUGUGCUAAGGGGUGUGAGAGAACAGGUGCAAACAGGCACCCACCUGCUCUUCUCUGAUGUCUCUUGCUUGGGACCCCCUUCUCUUGAGCUUGGAUGGAGAAGUGG